GAACAACAAAUAGGCCGGACGAAUCAAAAAAGCUGACAAGAGAACGCAACAUCGAAAUUAAAAAAGAAAGACUAAUAGAUGCAGCAAAUGAUUUAUUAACGAACAGAAGGGAAACUAAUGCAUUCGGAGUAUAUGUGGGCAAGAAAAUGGAACAAAUACCCGUUGGUCAACAGCGAGAUCUCGCUGAGAAACUAAUUUCAGAGGUCAUUUUUCUUGCUAAGACUAAUAAUUUGACUUUUGACACAAGAAUAGAAAUUCCAUCAAGCACAAAUCAGUAUUCUUCACAUAACUCUGUUCAAUCGUACUUCGUACACUCACCUCCUUCGAUUUCCUCUAACGGCAAUCAGUACAUCCAAACUGAAUCAACUCCUUCUCCAUCCUCUCUUACACAAUAUUCUCCGUCAACUGCUUCAUCUCAUUCUUACCUAAUCUCUCAACCAGUGAAUUCACCAUCCCCAAAUUGUCCUAUUCCCAUACAAUCACCAACUUCUUCUUCCUCUCAUACACAACAUCCAUCAACUGUUUCACCUCAUUCUUACCUAAUCUCUCAAUCAGUGAAUUCACCAUCCCCAAAUUGUCCUAUUCCCAUUCAAUUACCCACUUCUCCUUUCUCUCAUACACAACAUCUAUCACCUGCUACAUCUCAUUCUUACCAAAUAUUUCCAAAUUCCUCACAAAUUAUACAUUCAAAUUCUACGCCAUCUUCACAGAACGCUGUCAACAUAAUUGAGAAUACAGUGUUGUAUGCAGAGGAUCCGGCGGAAGGAGUUUUGAAAGAAUUGUUAAUUUUUAGAAAACACAAAUAA